CUGUCUUUCUCUUCUCUAGAUCCGGCCGGGCCUGGCAGCCGGACCAACGCGCCCGAGACCAUGGCGCUGGCACGGCACCCCCUGCCCCCCUUCCUCGCCAAGGCGCUGCUGGCGUCUGCCCUCCUGGCUGAGAACGUCUCCCACGUGGGCGCCUUGGAGACAGUGCCGGAGAGCAACCUGACUUGCCGCGGGUCCAACCAGUGCCAUCCUGGGGUGCUGCUGCCCGUCUGGCAGCCGGACAACCCCUCCUUCGGCGACAAGGCCGCCCGAGCCAUCGUCUACUUCGUGGCCAUGAUGUAUAUGUUCCUGGGCGUCUCCAUCAUCGCUGACCGCUUCAUGGCCUCCAUCGAGGUCAUCACCUCCAAGGAGAAGGAGAUCACCAUCACCAAGGCCAACGGGGAGACCAGCAUCGGCACCGUGCGCAUCUGGAACGAGACAGUCUCCAACCUGACCCUGAUGGCGCUGGGCUCCUCGGCGCCCGAGAUCCUGCUCUCCGUCAUCGAGGUGUGCGGGCACAACUUCCAGGCCGGGGAGCUGGGCCCCGGCACCAUCGUGGGCAGCGCCGCCUUCAACAUGUUCGUGGUGAUCGCCAUCUGCGUCUACGUCAUCCCUGCCGGAGAGAUCCGCCGGAUCCGGCACCUCCGCGUCUUCUUCGUCACGGCCUCCUGGAGCAUCUUCGCCUACAUCUGGCUCUACCUCAUCCUGGCCGUCAUCUCCCCGGGCGUGGUGCAGGUCUGGGAGGCCCUGCUGACGCUGGUCUUCUUCCCGGUCUGCGUGGUCUUCGCCUGGAUCGCCGACAAGCGCCUGUUCUUCUACAAGUACGUCUACAAGCGCUACCGGGCCGACCCGCGCAGCGGCAUCAUCAUCGGCACCGAGGGGGAGUUCCCCAAGGACAUCGAGAUGGACGGCAGCUUCCUGGCCAACGACCACCGGGAGAGCGCCUUCAUGGACGGGGCGCCCUCCGCCUCCCCGGCCCUGGCCUCCACCGCCCAGGAGGAGAAGGAGCUGGACGAGAGCCGCAAGGAGGUGAUCCAGAUCCUCAAGGACCUCAAGCAGAAGCACCCGGACAAGGAGCUGGAACAGCUGGUGGAGAUGGCCAACUACUACGCCCUGCUGCACCAGCAGAAGAGCCGCGCGUUCUACCGCAUCCAGGCCACCCGCAUGAUGACCGGGGCCGGGAACAUCCUCAAGAAGCACGUCUCGGAGUUCGCCAAGAAGUCGUCCAACCUCCUGGAGGUGCCGUCGGAGGCGGAGGAGGAGAACUACAGCAAGAUCUUCUUCGAACCCUGCCUGUACCACUGCCUGGAGAACUGCGGCUCGGUCACGCUGACUGUGGCCUGCCAGCAGGGCGGGGAGGACUACCAUACCUUCUACGUGGACUACAAGACGGAGGACGGCUCGGCCAAGGCGGGCUCCGACUACGAGUACAGCGAGGGGACGCUGAUCUUCAAGCCGGGCGAGACGCAGAAGGAGCUCAAGAUCGGCAUCAUCGACGACGACAUCUUUGAGGAGGACGAGCACUUCUUCGUGCGGCUGCUCAACCUGCGGGUGGGGGAGGUGGGCACCGGGGUCAAGUCAAGAGACCUGGAUUCUUUUCCUGGCUCCAGAUGCCUGAGAGUCCCUGAGAAGAGCCUGCAGGUGAAGAUCGUGGACGACGAAGAGUACGAGAAGAAGGACAACUUCUUCAUCGAGCUGGGGCAGCCGCGCUGGCUGAAACGGGGCAUCUCGGCCCUCCUGCUGACUCAAGCCGAGGGGGACAGGAAGCUGUCGGCUGAGGAGGAGGAGGCCUGGCGCAUCGCCGAGAUGGGCAAGCCGGUGCUGGGUGAGAACUGCCGGCUGGAAGUCAUCAUCGAGGAGUCCUAUGACUUCAAGAACACCGUGGACAAGCUGAUCAAGAAAACCAACCUGGCCCUGGUGAUCGGUACCCAUUCCUGGAGGGAGCAGUUCCUGGACGCUAUCACCGUCAGUGCAGGCGACGAGGAGGAGGAGGAGGACGGGCGGGAGGAGAAGCUGCCGUCCUGCUUCGACUACGUCAUGCACUUCCUGACGGUGUUCUGGAAGGUUCUCUUCGCCUGCGUGCCGCCCACCGAGUACUGGAACGGCUGGGCCUGCUUCAGCGUCUGCAUCAUGGUGAUCGGCCUCCUCACCGCCCUCAUCGGGGACCUGGCCUCCCACUUCGGCUGCACCGUGGGCCUCAAGGACUCCGUCAACGCCGUGGUCUUCGUGGCCUUGGGCACCUCCAUUCCGGGGGGCGCCCCCCCCUGA